AUUCUGUCUCGAUCACUUUUGCCAUCAGUUCAUCCCUGACCAUCCUCGCUCUCCCUCCAUCCCUCUCUCUCUUUUUUUAUCCCCAUCCAAACUUGAGGCUGUGGCUAAAGUUAGAUUGGCCAGCAGAGGGGUAUAUAAGCCCCCCGGUGAUGUUUGUAUGAUGCGGCUUCACACAACCAUCUCCUUCUUCAUCAACCAAACCUCCACUCACACCGUCUAAAGAUGGCACCAAAGAAGGCAAAGAGGAGGCAGGCAGCAGGAGACAGCGGUUCUUCCAAUGUGUUCUCCAUGUUUGAGCAGAGCCAGAUUCAGGAGUACAAAGAGGCGUUCACAAUCAUUGACCAGAACAGAGACGGUAUCAUCAGCAAAGAUGAUUUGAGGGACGUUCUGGCCUCAAUGGGUCAGAUGAACACCAAACCUGAGGAGCUGGACGCCAUGAUCAAGGAGGCCAGCGGCCCCAUCAACUUCACCGUCUUCCUCACCAUGUUCGGAGAGAAGCUGAAGGGUGCUGACCCCGAGGACGUUAUUAUCACUGCCUUCAAGGUUCUGGACCCCGAGGGUACCGGAAGCAUUAAGAAGGAAUUCCUUGAGGAGCUCCUGACCACCCAGUGCGACAGGUUCACCAAGGAUGAGAUUAAGAACAUGUGGGAAGCCUUCCCCCCUGAUGUUGCUGGCAACGUAGACUACAAGAAUAUCUGCUAUGUCAUCACACACGGAGAGGAGAAGGAGGAGUAAAGAGAACGCUAGAAGCCCAAGAAAAUACAGCAAUCCCUAUGCUAUUCUGCCUCCCUUUCCUCCUCUUCCUCCUCACCAUCCCUUUGUGUUAACCCAUGUGCUCAGCCGCUCAAGACUUGUCACACUGACACAUGAGAGUGCUGAUGCACAUGGGGUGUCUGUGUCUGCUUAUGGGGAAAGGGGGUGAUUUCCAAUAAAAAGAUUAUUCUUUAACAUCAUUUCCAUUCACAAGCUUUUCUCAAUAAUCUUUCCUUGCAACCAUCUUCUGUCUUCUCACCUCCACAUCUCUGUCUGCCCAGUCACUUCUGCCUCUGAGGUGUUUGUGGUAAUAAGAUGUGUCCCUAUCCUUCCUGCAGUAUCUGUGAAGAAGACAGGCUUACUACUGGGAUAAGGCACACACUAAAUAUGGGGACCUCAUUCCAAAUUUUGAAGAUGUCCUCUAGGGUGGAAAAGGCGAGAAGAGGGAGAACAUACGCAGGUUAGGAAGGGGGAAAAGUUGUGUCCUUAAAGUGACGACAACUUUUUCCUUGGAAAGUGAAAAAAAUAAAAACAUAAAAAAACAUAAGACUGAAGUAGAGGAGGAAAAGGGUCGAAAGAAAACAUAACGGUCUUCGAUUUCUUUACCUCCGCUACUUCCUGCAACUAUUAAAUCCCCUUUUUUUCCCCCAUAAGCUGACCUCUUCCUAGCCUUUCCUCUGUAAUGAAUAAAAGGGUCAAACUGUGAAUAAAA